AUGGAACACCAGAGCCAACAUACCGAGUCGGACAACGCCGCCAUCAACAGCGGCGGCAGCAGCAGCGGCAACAGCAAUGGCAGCAACAUGAACAACAACACAAUCACUGUUGCGGACGCUGACGCCCGCGCCAAGAAGCCAAAGAAGCUUCGCCAGACUUGCGACCCGUGCAGCGAAGCCAAGGUCAAGUGCGACAAGGGGAACCCGCGGUGCGGCCGUUGUGACAGGCUGUCGUACGAGUGCGUAUACAGCCCCGCGAGACGCAUUGGCAGGCCACGUCCGCGUUCCCCGCGCGCUCAGGAUCAAGAAAACGCGGGGCGCACGGCUCGUGAGGCACGCGACGAUGCCGCCGCCGUCAUGACCGACGAUGGUGCCAACAAAGACUGCGUGGCCCCAGUUCGACAACCAUCAGCUCCGGCUCAGCCCCCUCAACGAGCUCUAACGACGCGGCACCCAAACCUACACCUUGAUGAGACUUUACCAGAUUGCCUCUCUGACGAAGAGGGCCGCUGGAGCGCGCCCGCGAGUACUAGUGCGAGCGCCAGUAGCACAGACAGGAGCAACUUCAGAAGCAAUGACGCCCCGCAGUCCACCAACAUGACGAUGAGAGACGGCUUCCUUGAGCAUCCCUCGUCGGUAGGCCUGGACGAGGUCCGACACAACCCUUACGAGUACGACUGCGCGACCGUGGCCGUGGCAACGCUCAGCUCGCUCGCCGCGGCGGGGCUCGAUGGACAGCAGUCGGCCACUACUCAGACAACUCAGACAACCGCGGCUGCCGACGUGCUCGCCGACCAAAUACCGCGAGCGUGCAGGCAGGCCGCUCGCAUACUCGUGUGUCCAUGCUCGGCCGACAUGGACACAGCUCUGCUGGCGGCAUCCCUCGCCGCCGCCAUUCUGGACGUCGCCGACGCCGCCUUGCGAACGCUGAAGCCCGCGGGACAUGCUCUUGACGACGAGCAGCACACCGUCUUGGCCCUCGGCACCAUCCCCACCAUAUCGCAAGUUGUCACCCUCUUCACACAUCGCUACAGCGUUACCCAAGCCAGCCGUCCUCCCGAGGCGCUUCUACUGCUUGCCGCCUCCCUACGGACCACGCUCAAGGCCAUGGCCGAAGAAACGACGAAUCGCUUCCUUGACAGUGGCGCCGCACCUUCCUCUCGCGUGGAGGUGGCAGCUAAUAGCUAG